CUCAUAAUAAGCAUCCCAUCAGAGCUCUUGCGCCGCGCCCCUGCACACAUAUAUCAUCUUUUGCCUCCUUGCAUAUUGACUGUCCCAGUCCGAUCUACUGGUGCAGUCGUUCGCACUUUCCCCGUUCCCAUCCGAGCCCUUUUUAUGCAAUCAGAGCUUACUGCAGUUUCUCUACAAAGUUUUCCGGAAGACACCCACUGCCCAGACUCUCUCAAUCAUCUUCAGCAUGGACAUGAUGUCUGUCGCGAUCAGGCCUCUGGUCCCUUUCUGUUUUCACGACAGGGAGAGACUGGAGACUAUCGAUCGCCCAUUGAUCCCCGCGAGGGGAGUGAGCGACAGUCAUCACCGCCGGCUGAUGGCGCUAGCCAGUACGGGCAACCCUACAUGGCUUCUCCAAGAAGACAAGGAGAUAUUGGAUUCGAAGUUGUGAACUUGUCAAGCAAACCGCGACUGUCUCUCGACGCUUUCCCCAAUGAGGUCCUGACUCACAUUCUUUCCCACUUACCCCCGCCUUCACUGUCGUCUGUCUCGCUUGUUUGUCGCCGUUUUCACAACCUGGUUACGACUCCUCAUGCGUGGAGGAUUGCUUUCUCUCGUUACUUUCCUGGUCCGCUUAGCCUGGAAGAAGCCAGCAGGCCAUCCGCUUCCGAUCCGUCCGAUCGCCUACUUUUCGAUAAGCGUGUCUUUUCUAGAUUGACUGCUCUUGCGUCAUGGCGCAGCGAAUACAUCCUAAGAACACGCCUGUUGAGAUCUCUUUCCAGAGGCAAACCCUCUAAGAUCGAGCCUUUGAAAAAACACAACACGACCCGCUCGGUUGGUGCGCGCAGCGGCAGCGCAGUGACUACUUAUACUUCCCAGUUACUAUAUCCCGUCAGCCACCUUAAUGCGAAUUUCGGAACUGGCGCCACCAGGAAAGAACCCCUGUUCAUUCAUGGUGCUUCGGAACAGGGUAUCGCCUCAGCUAGCGAUCCAUCGUUAGCGAAGGCUGGUCCUUGGGGGUUAUCAGACCACCAGAUGUUCCGACACUUUGUGGACCUGUUUCCCGGUGAGGCUGUGUAUGGGUUGGGCUCGGGGGAUAUGGUCGGCCAGCCGAAUUGCAUGGAUGUCAGCCAGCCUUUUGGCAUGGUCUACGGUGAGGGUUGUCCCCAGGGCCGCACCUAUUUCAUCUCGUCGAAUGAGCAACGCGGCCGAUUUCUGGAUGCCUCCCUGUCGAGUUCGCUGCCACAAUUGGGCAUCCCCGCUCUAAACAUGUUUACUGUCUCCACCUGCGCCGUCUGGAUUGCAAAAUCCACCAAAAUUCUCAAGACCACAGGUGGUUUGAUUGGAAUGAUGUCUGGUUCAUCUUCAGGUGUUCUCACAACGUAUGCUCUGGGACCUCAUCCGACAUAUAUGAAGCGAUUUGAGCGAGGCGAAAUCACUGCCAAAUGGGUCCUUAGCCCUGGUGUUCCUAUUAUCGCGAUUGCGGUUGACGACAAUUAUUCAUUGGAACGGCAUGCUCUCCAGCGUGUCUGGGCUGUGGUACUCAACGCGUUGGGAGAGGUCUUUUAUCUCACCGGCAUUCCUCGGCAAACCGAUAUUUCAACGAAAUUGGGACCCGAGCAGCUCGACCAACUUGCUUGGAAAACAGGUAGGAGCGUUCGUUGGGAGCUUCUUGAGGCGAGCCGUCGCAUUGCACGGCCUGACCCGUUCAACCGUGGACCUGUCGAUGGCAGCUAUAGCCCCAGAUCGUCGUCUGAUUCAAUGAACCUGGACGGGCAUCAGGUGGUUGCGGAAACAAAGGAGAUCGAAAGAUUCAUGGCAUUCAAACCAAAACAUUUCCGUAAAGUCUGUGAAGGCUGGGAUAUGCAGCGGGAGCUCAUUGUGGACUUUGCCGGUGAUGAUGGCCAUGGUGCAGGCGAGUCGAUUGUUGUCAUAGCUCGUGGCCUUGGUGAAAAUGAAAAGGCCUCAAUUCGACGGUUCACGCGGUUGAGAUUACAACCCAAAAAAAUGUUUUCGCCAUCAGCCCUCGAGUCCUAUUCUCGCGUGGUAGAUGCGAAACCUCCAUCGAUUUUUGGUGGUCCAGUUUCCACCUCAUCACUACCGGCUUUGCUGCCCUCAAGGGCGUCCAGUCUUAGUGAUUCUGCUUCGCCAGCCAACACAGAGUGGAGGGUUUCCGAUUUCGUAUUUCCGGGCAGAAAAGCUGUCCGAAUUACCUGCAGCGCGUUAGACCUUUCCACCUAUUCUCUUCUCACUGCUGAUGAAGACCCACUGCUGUCAAUGUCCGGUACCUCAACAAUAUUUUCUCCCACAUCAUCCCCUAUGCCAGAUAUUGAGCGAUCCAUGAGCUCCGAAAUCCCAGGUCGGCGCGCACGAUAUAUGGCUGCUGGCACUGCCAUGGGAACAGUACUCGUGUGGGAUAUCCGAUCACCUACUUCGCAAGCUACCGAGAUCAUUAAUUCUAUUUCCCCACUACGAAUAAUCCAAACAGAGUCUCCGCAGGUAUCCUGCGUUGCGCUAACGUCUCUAUAUGUUGUGCAUGGCGGGAAUGAUGGUCUUGUGCAGGCAUGGGAUCCUCUCGCAUCGUCUACUCGCCCUAUUCGGACUCUUCAUUCGCGUUUCUCCUCGCGAGCCCGUCGCCGACUGGUUCAAGCUGAGGCUUCCAUCCUCGGUGUUGGGAACAACUACUUUGCAGCGGGGGCCAUCUGCCUGGAUCCGGACCCCACUGUCCUCCGGGGCAUGGUUUCUUUGGGGUCUCAUCUGCGGUAUUGGUCAUAUAGUUCAUCUGCGGCAGACCAAUACAAAAGCAGCAAGCGUCGUUUGCGUCGAUCGCUCCGUGGAAGCAAUUCAUGUCCAGAGGGACAGCGAUUCAUCAGUAGUGGCCGUGGUGCCCUUCAAGACUUUAUUGAGGAAGAGAAAAUUGAAAUAGAACGGCAGAAGGUGGCUGACGAAAAGGAGAAAACCUAUCUGAGCUCCCGUUUUGGUGUCGAUCUCUUAGGUCCCGAUGUUGAUGAGGAUCAGCUCAUUGCGUAUGCACAGCUCCUCAGCGAAGAAUCAUACAGCCAUGACGCGCUCAAGCGUGGUGAAGCCGUGGCUAGUUCUGUUGUUAGCACAUCGCCCAGUAACACCAUUGGUGCCAAUGACAGUUCGUUUGGGGCCGGCGAGUUGUCGUCAUCUUCGUCUCCUUACCAGGACUCCGUCGAGGAUGAUCUGGAGCCCGAUAUUGCUGAAGCCAUCCGUCUAAGUUUACUUGACGAGCGCGCUCCUGUCUCCGCUUGUGAAACAUUGUCUUGCUCCAUUUACGAUGAUAGCCCCAAUGGGGCCAAAGAAGGUUACCCUUCCUCGGAACAAGUUACUGCAGAAAGCAGCCGACAACAGGAGAUGGAUGAUUUGGAACUGGCGCUGCAAUUGAGCCUUGCAGAACAGGAAAGUGUGCAAGCGAAGGCGACGGCUUCUGAACCGGACGAGUUCCCCAUCUUGGGCGCGGGCUGGCAGACGCAGUUCCCAUCACACUCACUUUCAUCUAGGAAGGAUAAGGGUAAGGCCAGGGCAGUAUAG